UUUUUUUUUUUUUGACUGUAAAAGUAAACUAAGUAGAGUAAUUUUUUAAUAUUAUAAAACAUGAGUAGAGAUGAAGAAUAUGAUUAUCUUUUUAAAGUUGUCCUUAUUGGUGAUUCUGGUGUAGGCAAAACCAAUUUAUUAUCUAGAUUUACCCGUAAUGAAUUUAACUUGGAGUCCAAGAGCACAAUUGGUGUUGAAUUUGCUACUCGUAGUGUUCAAGUAGAUAAUAAAACUGUAAAAGCUCAAAUAUGGGACACAGCUGGACAAGAAAGAUACCGUGCCAUUACAAGUGCUUAUUAUCGAGGUGCAGUAGGUGCAUUAUUAGUUUAUGAUAUUGCAAAAUAUGCUACAUAUGAAAAUGUAAUGCGUUGGUUAAAGGAACUUCGUGAUCAUGCUGAUUCAAAUAUAGUCGUUAUGUUGGUUGGAAAUAAGAGUGAUUUAAGACAUUUACGUGCUGUACCUACUGAAGAAGCUAAACAAUUUGCAGCCGAUAAUGGGCUUUCAUUUAUUGAAACUUCUGCUUUGGAUUCAAGUAAUGUAGAACUUGCUUUUCAAAGAAUUUUGACAGAAAUUUAUCGUAUUGUCUCUAACAAAGCUCUUGAAUCAUCUGAUGAUGUGAUUCGACCUACUGCUGGACAAACAAUAACAGUCACACAACCUUCUGAGGAACAAAAACAAGGGGGUUGUUGCUAAGCAUAAAUAAAAAAUACCCUAAAACACGUGAGGCACACUUUUUUGUGUAUAUCAUAAAUAAUAAUAAAAUUAUCCUUAUUAUUGUCUGUAAAUCAUCCCGCUUUAGUUCUUUGAUUUA